ACCCAAUGAUAUUUAUGAACUUUAUGAGCGCAUCAGAACGGAUAACCCCGCGCCAUUUUCAGCAUUUCUCCAUUUUCCAACAGAGGAUGUAGCUGUAUUAAGUUCAUCUCCUGAAAAAUUCGUUCAAAUAAAUAAUGAAGGAAUUGUGGAAAUGAAACCAAUUAAAGGAACUCUUGCGAGAGCAAAAGGUUGUUUUUGUUCGCAUAUAAAAUGUGAUAAUGGUUCACGAUGUGAAGAAAUUAGGGAGAAAGAAGAUGCGAGGAGAAAAUAUGUCCUUGAAGGAAACAAAAAAGAGCGUGCUGAGAACCUAAUGAUAGUUGAUCUGAUUCGCAAUGAUUUGGCGCAAAUAUGUCCGCCACAUACUGUAAAAGUUCCUGAUUUAAUGAAAGUAGAAUCUUAUGAAACUGUUCAUCAACUUGUGACCACUGUUCGUGGUAAAUUAAGAGAUGACUUAGAUUGUGUUAAAGCUGUACAACGUUGUUUCCCACCAG